AUGGCAAAUUUCAGAGACCAGCUUGAAGAAAUUAAAACCCUUUUGUCUUCAAACACCAAGUCACACAAACCUGUGGCUUACUCAACUCUAUUGCACCUCCAAGAACAGUCCAGUACUGACCAGUCUUUGAUACAGUCACUCGCCCAUUCAUCUCAUUCGCUUCUCUCUUCUAUCCUCAUCGACAUAUCCGCCGAUGAAGAAGAAAUUGCUGCACAGGCUUUGAAAUGUCUGGGUUUCAUGGUUUACCAUCCAUCUAUCGUUGCGGAAAUACCAGGGAAUGAUGCUAAAAUGAUUGCGGGUGUGCUGGUUAAGGUCAUAACGACCACUAAAAUUAAGUCGGUUUGCAAUUUAGGAGUCUGGUGUAUAUCAAUUCAACAAUUCAAUGUGCUGUUUUUGGCUGAACACAUCCAUUCUUGGUUGACUGCAAUUGUUCAUGCCCUUGACAAUCCUAUUGGUUCUUUGUCUACAACAUUCGAGGCCAUGCAGGCUGUGAUGAAAUUAGCAACUCAAAUAGGUGAGAAGAUGAGGGACUUGUCAAAUAUUUGGGUUCCUCCAGUAUAUAGGAGGCUUGUCAGCAUCAAUAAAAGGGAGAGAGAUAUGUCAGAAAGAUGUUUGCUGAAGAUUAGAUCUACAAUAUGUCCUCCAACAUUAAUUCUGUCCAAGGCACUUGUCCUAGAUAUGAAGAAAAAAUUGCUUCCGUCAAUGAAGGAGCUGCUCAACCGUGGCCUGAAGAUUCAAACUCUGCAAGCAUGGGGAUGGUUUACUCGCUUACUAGGUCCUUAUGCGAUGAAGUAUAAGCAUUUAAUUAAUGAAAUGCUAAAAAUUCCUGAGCAGACAUUUUCUGAUUUUGACCCUCAAGUCCAGAUUGCUUCACAGGCAGAGUAUAGGGGAGGAUUCUUGGUUGCUUGGGAAGGUUUAAUAGAUACUCUUAUUUACUCUCCAAUUCAAGCUCCUAAGACAAAUACAGCCCCAGAGCAAAGUAGAGAACAAAUGGGAACUUGCAAAGGGAAUGACAUUGAAAAUGCAGCCGAUGGAUUUUUGAAAAGAAUUAAGCUCAUAAUGACCCCCCUAAUAGGAAUUAUGUCAAGUAAAUGUGAUGCAUCUGUUCACUUGUCUUGCCUGAACACAUGGUCUUAUCUGCUACAUAAACUCGGCACUUCUGUCAACCAUCCUUCAGUGAUUAAAAUGGUCUGGGACCCUAUUUUCAAAGUUGUCUUCCAAGCGAGACCUGACAUUAAGAAUAUGGGGUUAUGGACUUUCUGCCUGGAUUUGCUUGAUGAUUAUGCAGCAGCUAGAAGUACAGAUGCUCAUGAUUACUUGAAUAACCAGGAAGGUACCCAAUUGUCAGCUUCAAGCCAUGCGCUAGGUUCUCCAGUAUAUGGCAAAUGCUCAUGGAAGCAUUAUCCCAUCAAAUGGUUGCCUUGGGAUCUUAGUCAGUUGGACUUCUUUAUAAAAAUGAUUCAUAUUCUCAUCAGUAAAGAAUCAAUGGAGACUGUUGCUCCUGAAAUCAAAGAAUGGGCGCGUAAUGCAUGCUUAAGGAUAUUUAGAUCGGUUCUGAAAGGAGUCCAAAGUAAUUUAAAGGGUUCCUCCAUUACCUAUGAUGAGGUCAUGCUAUGUUUGAACACAAUUUUAAGAUUCACUACAAAAAUAUGUGAAGAUGAGACUAAAGAUGACUGUGACAACAACUAUUUGCUUCAUAUUUCUGUCCAGUUUGUUGAGGCUGUUACCGAAGAGUUGGAACCUUUUAUAUUGGGAUCUCCUCUUUACAAGGUGGCAUUAGAUCUCAAGCAUAUUAACGACUUAGGAUCAGACAAUGAGCUCAUACAGGCAGAAGUGCCAGGUCUCUGUUUUACUGCUGCAUAUUCCGAUAUGGUUUCACCAAUGGUUUAUCUAGCCAUUCUCUAUUCCUCUUUGGUAGAUAGGUCAACUUUGAAUGCACCUGAAGCAGAGUCCAUAUUGCUGAGGAUGUGCAGAUAUGUAAAGUUCUUGUUGUCUUCAUAUGAUCCUUCGGAAAUUCUCCAUGUCUUCAUUACUUGGUUAUAUAACCAAAUGGGUUGUAACUGCUUAAAGAUAUGGAUAUCUUUAGCAAAUAGUCUGAAAGAUUACGGAGAUGGUGUAAAGGAUCCCGCACCAUUUAAAAUUGAUUCGGACAACUCCUCUUAUCUUGCAGUCUGCCACCUAUUAUCCUACCCAUUGGCUGUAUGCUCUUGCCCUAAGAAAUCAUUUCUUUUUUCGUCGCAAUCAGAGAGAAAGAUUGAGCUCGAUCAUGUUAUCGAAGUGUGGAAGUCACUCUAUGUAUCUAUUAAUGAUGCCUUACAAUGUGAGUGUUUUUCCUCAAGGAAUUUUUCUGAAGAUCUAUCAGCAAUGUUGAAUGAGUACCUUGAUGCAUACAAACGCAUGCUUGAGUCUGGGACUGAACUUAACCUAAGGGAAAAUAAACAUGAUCUUGAGCUUCUUUCUUUAUGUGGAGAUUUACUGAUAUGUGUUAUGGAACAAAUACCCACUCCAGAAGCAAGUUUUAAAGGCAUUAAAGGUAAAGAUGACGGAGACCAUGGGAAAUCCAGUGGCGUCAAAAAUAGUUUGGGUCUUGCUGCCAGGUUUAUGAGCCUAUCAUAUACAAAUGCAAAGAUAGACCAACAAGCUGGGCUUGCUGCAACUGUAAGGGUAUUCUCUAUAUUGUUGGACUUUGUGGGCUGCCUUUGCUUGAAGGAAGAUAUUCUUUCGUUCUUCGAGAUUUUUUUGAGUCCAUUGCUUCAGUGGCUGUCGUAUGUGGAAAUGAAGGAUGAGAACAUCAAUCAUCAACUUCAGCUCUUAUGGACUGGUAUUCUUGAAUGUUUGCGAAAGAGUUGGCCGCCAAUAAAAUUUGAUUCUCCCUUCCUUCAACUCCUAGCACCCCUGCUUGAGACAACUUUUGAUCACCCGAAUCCCUCCAUUUCUGAUCCUAGCAUUGCCUUCUGGAAUUCCACGUUCAGUGGGCAGAUCAAGUUAGACUACCCCCAAAGCUUACUUCCUGUCUUAGACAAGCUCUCGAGGAGUGGAAAAAUAAAUCUCUGCAAGAGAAGUGCACUAUUGAGUGAAAAAGGUAAUUCUAGAGUAGAUGUCAUUGGUCUUCCGCAUGGAUACAGGGUGACUACAACACAGAACAGGAACUCAAAAAGAGUGGAGUUUGUGGAGGAUAAGGUGAAUGGUCUUCCGCAAAAUCAUAAGCUGUCUUUGUGCUCAAAAAGAAAAAGACCUGAACUAACAGAGCAUCAAAAGGAAGUGAGAAGAGCGCAGCAAGGGAGGGCGAAGGAUUCUAAUGGUCACGGCCCUGGAAUUCGUACUUAUACUCGUGUCGACUUCUCUCAAGGGAAUGAAGAGUCACAAGAUAGCCAGGAAAUCCGGGAUGCAGAAUCCAUCUUGGAGAUGUUGAGAAGAGAUGGUAAACUCUCUUGAUUUGAAGGGCUUGGUUUAAUGUGAUCAGUUGAUGGUGUAAUAAUAGAGUUGAUCAAGUGUUAUGCUCAUAUUCCCCUGGUUGUUGUGUUCAUGUGAAUGUAUUGUCGCGCAUUAUGUAUUUCAAU